CACAAGUUUCUGUAACGUCUUUAACUCCUUUCUUUCCUUCCUCUCCUCGCUCCUUUUGCUUAAUUUUAAGCAACACCCAUCCCUCCUUUUGUCUCAGCUCCCCCGCUCUGCCCCGAGUCCUGAUAUUGUUUUGGAGGUUCUAUAAGAAACAAUAAGAUCUUGGCCUUCCUGCUUCCGAAGGCAAAGGAUACUGUUUAUUACUUUCCUCUUUCUAUGACUUUCUUCCCAUUCUGGUUCUCUUUAGGAGGCAGCAGAAAGAGCCAUCGGACUCAGCAACAUGUGCCCAGCAGACCCAGCGGUUGAAGGUCAGCUUCUUAAAGAUCCCUAUGAAAGAUUCAUGUAUCAGCAUCUCCAGUAUUAUGGCUAUUUCAGAGGUGAUGAACAGCCUCUUCAGAACUCCACUUUGCCUUUUGAAAACUGGAAGAAGAGCUCUCAAUACAUGUUGAACCCAGGCAACUUCCAAAAGAGGAUUGACUCGGAACUUCAUGAGGACAAGAAGCUACUCUGCUCAUUUAUGGUGGAGAAAGCACUUCUUAAAAGCAAACAAAUUACACUUGACCAUCCAGAGGAUCCUGGCGUUCUGCGCUUACGAGAACCUCGGAACCUUUUUUCUCUUUCCAACUAUAGGGAUUCGCUUUUGGCUCCGCUCUGGCCAGUAGAGUGUGAAGUAAUCCAGAAUCGGAUCCACCACAUUGAGUGGGUUCCUGCUGAACCAGAACCUUUCUAUGAGCCAACAGGAAAAGAAAUAACACCAGAAGUAAUGGGAGAUGAUUGUGGAACUGUUGUCUACUACAUAGAUCCAGCCACCAAGGGUACCUUUUUCACCGGUUCCCGAGUUGGAGGGUCAGAAGAGCCCAUGAAAUCAGCUACAAUGAGCUUAAGUGGUCCAGAAGAUACUAAAUUGUUGUUUGAAUCACGCUUUGAGAGUGGGAACCUCCAGAAAGCUGUCAGGGUGGGCGAGUAUGAAUAUGAGCUCACAUUGCGAACAGAUCUUUAUACCAGCAAGCAUACACAAUGGUUCUACUUUCAAGUUCAAAAUACCAGGAAUGAUGUCACCUAUCGCUUCACUAUUGUCAAUCUGAUGAAGUCUAAGAGUCUCUACAGCAUGGGGAUGAAGCCUCUCCUAUACUCUCAGAAGGAUGCUGAAUGUAAUGGUAUUGGUUGGAGAAGAGAGGGUAGUGAUAUCAGAUAUUAUAAAUAUAACACAAAGGAUGGUCAGACAUUGUAUUGCCUCACCUGGACAGUAUGUUUUCCAUACAGCCGUGACACAUGUUACUUUGCUCAUUUCUAUCCCUACACAUAUUCUGACUUGCAGCACUACCUCUUGACUUUAGUAAAUGAUCCACUCCGUUCUCAGUAUUGCAAACUUCGUCCUCUGUGCAACAGUCUAGCUGGGAACACAGUAUACCUCCUCACCAUUACCAAUCCAUCCAAGAGUGCCGUUGCUGCUGCUGCAAAGAAAGCUGUUGUGUUAAGUGCCAGGGUCCAUCCUGGGGAGACAAAUAGUUCUUGGGUGAUGAGAGGUUUCCUAGAUUUCAUCUUAAGUGAUUCUCUUGAUGCUCAGCUCCUCCGAGAUCUCUUCAUAUUCAAGGUUGUGCCCAUGCUAAACCCUGAUGGGGUAAUUGUUGGGAACUACCGUUGCUCACUGGCAGGAAGGGACUUGAACAGGAACUACAAGACAGUAUUAAAAGAAUCUUUUCCUUGCAUUUGGCACACUCGGGCAAUGAUCAAGAGAGUCUUUGAGGAAAGAGAAAUUCUUCUGUAUUGUGACUUCCAUGGGCACAGCCGCAAGAAUAAUAUCUUCAUGUAUGGCUGUAACAACAAAUAUGCAUCAGACCAACUGCUCCAUGAACAGGUCUUUCCUUUUAUGCUGAGCAAGAAUAUUCCAGACAAGUUUUCUUUCCACAGCUGUAAAUUUAAGGUCCAAAAGAAUAAAGAAGGUACAGGACGGAUUGUGAUGUGGAGAAUGGGAAUAAUGAAUAGUUACACCAUGGAAUCCACAUUCAGUGGGUCAACACUAGGCAAGAAGUGUAACUCCCAUUUUACUUAUGAGGAUCUCAAAUCUCUGGGCUAUCACAUCUGUGAUACUUUAUUGGACUUUUGUGACCCUGAUCGUUCCAAGUUUCAGCAGUGUUUGACUGAACUACAGGAGCUAUUGCAGCAAAAAAUUCAGAGGAAGCUCUUAGAGUUGGGCCAAGAACAAAAUACAGAAGGUACCUGGAGUGACAUCUCCCUGUCAGAUGUUGAAUCCAGCACAAGUGGCUCCAACAGCUCCCAAUCAGAUGGGCCCCCUGCACAUUUGCUCAGCAUGACAGAGAAGGACUAUAAUGAGAAGAAGAAAAAGAAGAAAAAGAAACACCUGCGAACAAGGAAGGAAAGAAAUGUUUUGCAUCAGAAAUAUACUCUGAGCCGUACAUUGAAGCACCAGGAAGAUGCAGUGGCAAGUCCAGUUUCUCCAAAUCCUGGAAAGCUUCAUAGUCUUUCCAAGAGAUCCCGGAGAGACAGCAGUUCAGAAAAGAAGAACAAGCAGAUUAAUCAGGAGAAGGAAUUAGAAGAUUCAGUGUCUUCAGUAAUGCCAGGAGAAAACCCGGAUACUGCUCAAGAGGAACAUCCAGAGCCUUCCUUGCAUAACCGGAGAAUCCCUGUGACACCAACUGACUUCAAAAUCCAGGAUCCUCAGCCGCUCAUCGUAACUAUGAUUCCACCACCACCAGCACAGCGAACAAGCCUCAUAAAUUCACCCAUCAAACAGCAUCCGCCUCCUUUCCAUGGACAGCUCAAAGGAGAAUUCCCUGAAAAACAAAAUGAAGGUAUCUUUAUUACAUCAUUCUCUCCACCUGCUCAUGGAGUCAGACGGUACAGAUCCCUGUGGUGGACUCCUGAAGUACCUUCUGUGACCUUAAUGCUGCGCAGAGGGCUUUCUUUGAAAUCUGAAAUCACUCAGGACAAGAAACAGCUGUGGAAUCUGAGUCAAAGCAGGUCACAAGUGCUUCCCAACCCAGAAUUCAAAUGGAAACCCCUCAAAAUUGACCGGCUGCUUUUGAGGGUAGAGAAUGAACACUAUCGUGCCAAAGUCAGGGAAGCACCAAAGGAGAGAGGUCGAAAAUGAUCCUCACUAGAGCGGAGAGCGCCUGGUCCGAAGUCUGUUCCCUUUCCAUGAAAGCACUGACUCUGAAUAACUCACCGUGUUCUGCUGUUGCAGGAACUGCAGAUAUUACUUGAGAGAAAGUCUCUGCCUUGUUUGGCAAAAGAAAAUCUGAAGCCUUGGUAAAGAGGAUGGUUGAUUUUAAUUUUCUUCUCUCUAUAGGUGUAUAUGUGAGAUUAACUGUUAAGAAAGGGUAAUAUAAUUGUUUAGUUUCUGUUGGUAUGGAACUACAACAUUACAAGGAUAACGCAAAGGGUUCCCAACUCCAUGUUUUCCUGAUAAGGCAAAUUUGGGGAGGAGGGCUUUCACAAGGGAGAACUGACAAAUGGAAGGGUAUGCUUAAUAUCACCUGCUCAGAUUCUCCCCUGCUAAUGACCCUUCUGCAUAUAUUUUUGCAUUGUUUUAAAUUAUGGGGUCUAAAACUAGAAAAGUGGUUGAAAAGAAAAAAGCUAGUGAAAAGGGUAUUUGUAGGAGAGAAUUGGAAGUACAGAAAGAGAUCUUUUCCUUCUGCAGAUUUCCUCCUACAAAUGUCUUCACCCCCACACUUACUUUAUUUUGGUAGAUGUGGUGUUGAGGAACUUAUGUUUAACAUGUAGUUCCAUCCUUAUUUAUUUCUUUAAAAAGUAUCCUUAAUCUCCAAUUUGUGAAAAUUUUAUGUUAAAAAGUGAAAUCUUAAUAACUCUGUGUGGAAAAUUUUAUUUUUCAUAGGUGGUUAUACAGUAGUGAGCAGUUUUAUAACAGAAUACAUCUUCCAGUAUAAUAUUGCAGUUGGAUCCAGGCAGAACUUUCUACUAACAGACAUUUUUACUGAUUCCCCCUAUACCCCAGGAGAACAUUUCAGUUGGUAGGGGAAAGAAGGAAAAUUCCAUUGUGCUGAUGGAAAAUUUUGUCUGGAACCAACCCUAGAACUGCACAGGGAAGAAUUCAGACACAAAUGUUGUUGCAUUUUCAUGAUUGUAAUGGUUUAUCAGUUUCUCAGCUCUCAAGGAAGGUUUUGGCUACCUAACACCCUGUGUUGUCUCAGUCUGCCAUCUGUAACUUUGUCUUCUUUGUCCCAGAGGGAAAACUAUGCGUUGUAUGAACAAUAAAGGGUUUAAUAAAAGGUG